AUGUAUCAGAAUAUCUAUAGUUCGUGUAGAACUCCUUAACUAACCUAGGAUAAUAUUUGCAAUUUAGGGUAGCAAAUUUUAACCAACCCAUACCCUCUAACCAUCUCUUAAUCCUAAGGCUUUGAUCAUUUAGAAUGAAAUUUGAAAAGAAAGACGGUUCUUGCGUAAGGAUUAGUGAUUCACCAGAAGUUGAAGGUUCACUGGGUACAGUCUUAGCCAACAUUGAUCUCUUGAGUAUCCAAAUUGAAGCUGAACUCAGCUCUAAAUUUGCUACCUUUGAAGCUACAAUGAAUAAUCAUUUUUCCAUGCUUGAAUCCUCCCUGAACAACAAGCUGAAUCAACUGGAAAAAUCUGUGGCAACAUUGACUAAAUCCAACAAGAGGAAAUGUUCAUCGUAGUCACCUAGAUGCAAUGCUUUGUGCUUAUUUUGGUUUAUUAUGUUUAUCAUAAUUUCAGUAUUUUGUACUCUUACAAUUUCUAACUUUUGUGUACUGCUUAUUUGUGUUUUUGAACCCUAUGCUAUGCUUUGUGCUAAUGUGCAAAUUUUUUUUGCUAAUGAUAAAAAGGGGGAGAGGAACUUAAAAAUGAAAAUUAUCUUUAUUUCUUGUUUGUGCAAAUCCUGUUGAAUCUUGGAAGAAUAUUUUGAGGGGGAGCUUACACUUAUUAUCUUUAUUAUUUUAAGGCAUGGUUUUGUCGUCAUAAAAAAAGGGGGAGAUUGUUAGGUUCUCUUUGUAUUUUGAUGAUUUAAAACCAUGAUUUAAAAGAGUUUAAUUUAUUUUUGUGCUAAGUGUGCAGGAAAAUUAAUCCAAGGUUUCUAAUCUUUCCCCACGAUUAGAAUUAAUUCAUGUUCUCCUUGUUCAGAGUUCUGAGUUCGAACUAAUUUAUUUUGGUUCGAAUCAAUCUCGAAUUUUUGUUUUCCGAAAAUGGUUCGAACCUUUAUUUCUGGCUUCGAAGCAAAAAUUCUGUAAGAUUGAGAUAAUCCUCGAAGAGGUUGAAUGAAUUGAAAUUCACUUGUGAGGGUUUAAUCUUGUACCUGCAAGCAAAAGGUUGUUCUGGUUUAAUCUUGCACCCAUAAACAAGAGAUUUCCAGUGAAUUGAACUCUCGAGCAAAGAGGCUUAAGAGUGGAUGUACUUCGGGUCGAAGGAACUACUAUAAAUUACGGCUUGAUUUUCUCUUUUCUCUCUUUUAUUUUUCUGCACUAGAUUACUUUUGCACAACAACGUAUAAAUUGCAAAUUUGAUU